CUGACAUAAUAUCUACGGUAGAAUUUAAUCAUUCUGGAGAAUUGCUAGCGACGGGAGACAAAGGCGGUAGAGUUGUCAUAUUUCAACAAGAGCAAGAGCUCUACGAAAAUGACUGCAUUUUUGACAAAUUUGAGUGCUGCUGGAAUGGGUCGGAUAGCGUCGUCAUGACCGGCUCCUAUAACAACUUCUUCCGAAUGUUCGAUAGGAACACCAAGCGUGAUGUCACGUUAGAAGCUUCUCGGGAGAACAAUAAGCCUCGCACGGUUUUGAAACCCCGCAAAGUCUGUGCGAGUGGCAAACGGAAGAAGGAUGAGAUAAGCGUCGACAGCUUAGACUUCAACAAGAAGAUCCUCCACACAGCCUGGCAUCCCAAGGAAAACAUAAUUGCUGUAGCCACUACAAACAACUUGUAUAUAUUUCAAGACAAAGGGAUUUAG